AUAGUUGUGUUUCGUAUAUUGUCGCGUUCUAAACAUGAUCGUGAUAACGUCAAAUAAAGACGAAACGCAGUCUGAACGUGACCGAAGGCGAUUGAUAAUCGAAAUUUUAAACGGGCUCGCUCGUCUUUACGAUACUUUAUUCGUGGCCGAGUCGCUUAGCGGCGUGGCGUUUCGAAUCGCGCGGGCGUCCUCGAUAACACAAGCGAACAUAAGUGAACGCGACUGUAAACAAGUGUCCGCCGGCUUUGUUUUGCGACGUUUUCUCUGUGUUUACGUUACGACAGGACGCCGGACGUACCAUGGGAGUCACCGUGCUGCAACAGUUUCCGAUGACCGAGAACCGGACCGGACCACAGACGAUCGAGUUUCUCACGAAGAGAGUCGUCGCCCUUGGAGCGGUACAGGUGGGACAGUUCCUGGUGGAUUGCGAGACGUACAUGUCGGUGCCGCAGCUUGGUGCUCAAAGGACCGUUCACGUGCUGCACAAUUCGGAGCAGCCAGCCUCGGUGUUCGCUAUUUUAGAAUCGGGCAGCAAAGUUGUGCCAUUGAUAGCAGACGGUCUGUUCGAUUUGCUGAUGUUAAAAAUGACGAAUAUCUACACCAGUAAAAAGCAGACGAAGAUCGAGUCGAAGGGGCCGCGCUUUGAGAUCGGUGACUUCUGCGUCAAAUUGGGAAGCGUGACGAUGAGUCAAAAUUUCAAAGGCGUCCUAGUAGAGGUCGAGUACAGACCGUGCGUCGUGCCAGCAGGCUCGUGGGACCUCAUACGCGAAUUUCUGCAAGGAUUCCUGGGCUCGGCUGUGUCGAAUCAAGCGCCCCAGUAUCUCCAGAACCGAAUGAACGAAAUUUACCAGCCGAUGGAUACGAUACAUCAAUAUUUAGAUCAAUUUAGUCAAUAUAGGAAAGCCACGGGAGUAAUUUAAAAGGCAACGUUGGGAUCGUAUUAUUUAUUUUAUUGUGACAUCAACGAUUUUAAAGAUUUUCAAUUUUUCGAAAUGUGUAAGAACGCAUCAAUAUUUAUUACAUUAUAAUCGACCUAUAAUGAAUUUAUUAUUCUUUGUAUAUUAUUUGUGUGCGUGUAAUGUUAUUAUAUAAAUCAAAGAAAAAAACAGUUGUAAUUAUAAAUUAUAGUUAUUUUAGUGGCAAUAUAUUUUAGAUUAUUAUUAUUACAUAUAAGGUUUCAUCAACAUUAUAUAUAUAGUAGUAAUAACUAAAUAGAAAUCUCAACUAUUUUUUUUUUACUAUGCUAUUAUUAAUUUUUUUUCAGUGUAUGCGCAAUAAGCUUUAUUAAAUAAUUUUUGAAAUUUUGUGUGUAAACUAACAUUUGAAAAUUUUUAGAAUUUCUGCAAAAUUUUUGUCAAAUUUAUAUUAUUUUCAUACAUGUUAUCCUCGAACGACUCAUUACUGAUGGAACAAACGUGCAUAAUGCGACAUCUGCAAAAAAAGCAUGAGGAAACCUAAUAGUACCAAUCUGAUCGACCGUAUAUAAUUGAUAAUGAAUCGUCUUAUUGUAAGUUGCCGUAAUUACCUAUUAUUUGUAACCUCUCUCGCUCAUUAUCUAAAUAUCUCGAUCGUGAAACUUUGUUUAUAAUAGAACGCGUUUUUGUCUGUGGACGUAAACACGGGCUCUCUAUUAUAAACACGGACUCUAUUAUUCUCGGCAUCUCCAUCGAACUCAUCAAAGGAUUGCCAAAUAAUAAGAAAAUUAUAAAAUACCCGGUCCAUAAAAAUACGCGAUAUGAUUUUACGCGAUAUAAAUAUUGAGCACUUUGACACGACACGUCGUACUGUUUUUCUAAGAAAACACAUACGCUAUAAACAUGAAAAAACUUACUUAAUUCUAAAAGAAAAAGUGCUGUUUUUGUCAUCAUUUAUUAGUAGUAUUUGUAUUAUCUUUAUAAAGUAUCCUUUCGUUUAUUUAUAUAUCACGUUGUUUAUAUUCGAUAAUAUGGACAUCAUUUAAAAAAUCUAAUGAAUAUUUUUAUAUUUCUAGUAUAUGUGUUACAUUCACAAAUCACUUUUGCAUAUUGUAACGUGUAUCAGGAGGAAACAGAUGAUUAAAAUAUCACAUGCAAAGUUUACAAAGGACAAAAUCAACUUUAAAUUGCGAACGCAAUUAUGAACAUAAUUUUAAUUACAUCUAUUCAGAGAAAAAACGCGUUGUAUAGUAAUAUUAUUUAUUCCUUUUUAUGAUAAUAUGAAAGCUUUUACGAUCGCAAUUAUGUAAAAAAAUAUUAUAUAAUUAUACCAAUAAAAAAUAUAUUAUGUGUAUAUGUUACAUAAUUACGUGUACUAUUACAUAAUUAUAAAAGAGAGAAAAAAGUCAUAUAUGCUUCGUAUAUGUGGAUGGAA